AUGCAAAAGAAAAUGAAGUUAAGGAUUGCUGCUGUUCAGUUAAAUUCCAUCCUUGGUAAUGUAGAAGAAAAUAUGAGUAAAGCAUUGAAGAUGCUAGAACAAGCGUUUCCUUCAUCUAAGCCUAAGCCUGAUUUGGUGGUCUUGCCUGAGCUUGCUCUUACAGGCUAUAAUUUUAAGUCACCUGCCCAUAUCCAUCCCUUUUUAGAAAAAGCUGGAAAUGGGAAGUCAUACCAGUUUGGUAAAAUGAUAUCUGAAAGGUGGGGGUGCUUGACGUUACUAGGAUAUCCGGAGAAAUAUGACAAAGCUAAUGAAGAGAUUAUCUACAAUUCUGCAAUGUUGAUUGACGCUAAAGGCAAACUAAUACAUAAUUACAGGAAAACACACCUAUAUGAAACAGAUAAAAUAUGGGGGUGUAAGGAGUCACCGGAUGGGUUUCAAGCGUUCGAUGUGCCCUUCAACGGUGAAAAAAUUAGAACAACAAUCGGCAUCUGUAUGGAUCUCAAUCCAUAUGAAUUCACAGCUCCGUUUGAGAAAUAUGAGUUUUCAAGGUUUGCUAGUGAUAACAAGUGCCAAUUGAUUUUAAUUCCAACAGCAUGGAUGAAUUCAAACUGGAAAGAGAAUUGGACACUUGAACAAGCAAACGAAUUCCACAAAAUUUACCAGAAUACAAAACUAGAACCUGAGAUUAAUGAUGAACAUAAUCACGUCAAGGACCACUCCAUUCUGAUUCCACAAGUGUCUAUCAAACUAGCCAAAGAUUAUCGAUUAGAAGAAGUUGACGGAAGCACGGGCAGAUAUUGGAUUAUGAGAUUAAAUCCGUUAUAUAGCGAGACCCAUGAUUUUAAGCAAGUUGUUGUGGUAUGUAACAGAAGUGGUAUGGAAGAUAAACUGAUGUAUGGAGGUACCAGUACUAUGUACACGUUUUUUGGUGGCCCAAUGGAGCGUACGCCGCAAGGGUUAUCUAUAGAUUUCAAUGUUGAAGGUAGUCUUGGUCAGGGUACUGAGGGUGUUCUAGUGAGAGAGGUUGAGAUCUAA